UGUCAUGAAGCACUUUGACCGUUGCUCACUCUUCAGGAACACAUUUGAAUGGAAGAUCAUGAGCGACGCGGCUUUUGAUGUCGUGGUCGUCGGCUCCUGCAUGACUGACUUGGUGAGCCAGACACCCAGGCUACCAAAAGCAGGAGAAACCAUCCAUGGUCACAAGUUCUUCAUUGGUUUUGGAGGGAAAGGGGCCAACCAGUGCAUUCAAGCCGCCAGAUUGGGGGUGAAAACUGCUAUGAUCUGCAAGGUUGGGAAAGACUUCUUUGGAGACAAUUACAUCCAGAAUUUCAAGGACAAUGAUGUGAAUACAGACUUUGUUUGGCAGACUUCAGAUGCAGCCACAGGAGCAGCUUCAAUCACCGUCAACGAUGCAGGUGAAAACGCCAUUGUAAUUGUGGCUGGUGCUAACAUGCUUCUGGGUGAAGAAGAGCUGCAGAAAGCUCUUCCCGCCAUCAGAAAAGCCAAGGUGUUGGUGUGUCAGCUGGAGAUCAGUUCACGGACCUCCUGCCAGGCUCUUCAAAUGGCCCAUGACAACAAAGUAAAGACCAUCUUUAACCCUGCGCCGGCCGUCCAGGACCUGGAUCACAGUUUCUACAGGGUCUCUGAUGUGUUUUGCUGUAAUGAGUCUGAGGCGGAGCUGCUGACCGGCUGCACAGUGAAUAAUGUGGAGGACGCUCAUCACGCUGCCGAGGAGCUGCUGAGGCGAGGCUGCGCAGCGGUCAUCAUCACUUUGGGACCCCAGGGCUGUGUGGUGCUCAAGGCACAGGAUAAAACUUCCACCCAUGUACCUUCGACUGCAGUCAAAGCAGUGGACACGACAGGAGCUGGAGACAGCUUCAUCGGAGCGCUGGCGUUCUGCAUGGCUCACCACCCGGCCAUGCCUCUGGAGGAGAUGGCACGCAGGGCCAAUCAGGUGGCGGCGCUGAGCGUGCAGACUGUCGGCACCCAGACGUCGUUCCCGUUCAAGCGGGACCUGCCGGCGGAGAUGUUCUGAGACUCAAACCCUCUGCAGAUAACAGCUACUCUCAGUAAACACAGUAGAAAGAAUUCAGGCAU